GUUUCUGGGAAUUGUAGUUGGCAGCUGGAACUAGCAACCGUCUAAACGAGCGCGUUUUGGAGGCGUUCACUUGGUUUAACAUGCAAUUUCUACUGCGAGGUGGUUCUGUCAAAAACUGAAGACGGAUAUGCCUUAAUGUAUUUCAUACCUGAGGCCAGCCUUAGUGACACGUCCCGUCCGUCCAGCAUCCACAUGAGGAAGGCUGGCAGCAUGCAGCCGGUUUUCAGAAGAGACGCCGGAGUUUGGCCACAAACGCGAAGCCUUCUCUACAAGAAUCUGCUCAUCAAGUGGAGGACCAAGCAGCAGAGCCUCCAGGAGCUGAUCCUCCCUCUGCUGCUCCUGGGUCUCCUUAUUCUCAUCAGCACCCUGAACCCACAUGUCUAUUAUGGGAGCAUCCCCACAAAGGAGCUGGAGAGCGUCGACUUCUUCCAGAACAUCAAAGGCCUGGGCUACACACCCAUCACCAACAUCACCAGUCAGAUCAUGGAAGAUGUGGCCGUUUCCAUAAAUGUGCAGGAUCGUCUGGAGAUGUUUACCAGCGAGGAGGAUCUGGAGAACGCCAGCCUGUACGAACCGUCCAGCUACAUCGGCGUGGUGUUCUUAGACGGCUCUGCCACGUCUUAUAGACUGCGCUUCCCGCACCACAAUCUGCCCCAGCCCAGUGAUUACACCGUGUCCAUUGCCAGCUGUUACAAAACCCCGCUGAAAUGCAGAGCUACAGAUUACUGGUACUCUGGUUUCACCCGCCUCCAGUCUCAGAUCGAUGCAGCGAUCAUUCAGAGGCAGACCAAACGGACGGUGCGGAGCGAGCUGGACAUAAAGGCGGUAAUGAUGGGCCUGCCGGGCUCCGUGGAGGUGCACAAGUUUCCCCAUGCCCUCAUCUCCAUCUACCUGGUGCUGGCCUUCACACCCUUCGUCACCUUCCUCAUCGUCAACGUGGCAGCCGAGAAGGAGCAUCGCCUGAAGGACACCAUGACCAUGAUGGGGCUGUACGAUACAGCCUUCUGGUUAUCAUGGGGCCUCCUGUAUGCCGCUCUGGUGACUGCCAUGUCCAUCCUGAUGGCCGUCAUCGCCACAUACACCGCGCUCUUCCCUUACAGCGACUUCUUUGUCAUCUUUUUCCUCAUCUUCCUCUACGGAAUAUCAUCCAUCUUUUUCUCCUUCAUGCUGACGCCGUUAUUUAAAAAGCCGAAAUUCGCCAGCACCGUGGGCUCCAUGCUGACGGUGGUGUUCGGCUGCAUGUCGUUGUUCACGGUGCUGAUGCAAGACUUCCCACAGCCGCUGGUUUGGCUUCUCUGCCUACUCUCUCCCAGUGCUUUCUCAAUCGGAAUUGCACAGGUGGUUUACCUGGAGGCACAGGGAGAUGGUGCUGUGUUUUCCUCCCUAACCAACGGGCCUCAUCCACUCUAUGUUCCUCUGCUUAUGCUGGCUCUGGACUGCAUUCUUUACCUUCUGUUGGCUGUUUACCUAGACCAGGUGCUGCCUGGUGAGUUUGGAAUCAAGAGGUCCAUGCUGUACUUCCUGAAGCCGUCCUAUUGGUCCAAACACAGAAAGCGCUACGUUGAAGUGAGUUCAGUGUACGAUGCGGAGGCGAACGGCGCUCCUGGCGGAGACGAGUGUGUUGAGCCCGUUUCCCCCGAGUUCAGGGGGAAAGAAGCAAUCCGCAUCAGCAACAUCCACAAAGUGUACAAAGACAAGGAGAACACAGUGGAAGCUCUGAGAGGCUUGACGUUCGACAUCUACGAGGGUCAGAUCACAGCUCUGCUGGGACACAGCGGCGCUGGGAAGUCCACUCUCAUGAACAUCCUGUGCGGCAUCUGCCCCCCCACCAAUGGCUCGGCCACCAUAUACGGCUCGCCCGUGGCGGAGGUCGCGGAGGGCUCAGAGAUGAAGCAGCUGGUGGGAAUCUGCCCCCAGUUCAACAUCAUCUUUGACGUGCUGACUGUGGAGGAGCACCUCAGGAUAUUCGCCGCCAUCAAAGGGAUCCCACCUGCAGACGUUGAUGCUGAGGUCACCAGGGUGCUGAAGGACCUGGACUUGGAGAAAAUCAUGACGGCUCAGGCUAAGAAUCUGAGUGGAGGCCAGAAGAGGAAACUGUCAGUGGGCAUCGCCAUCCUCGGAGAUCCUAAGAUUCUGCUCCUGGAUGAACCCACAGCAGGGAUGGACCCCUGCUCCAGACACCAGGUCUGGUCUCUGUUGAAGAGCCGGCAGGCGGGCAGAGUCAUCGUGCUCAGCACACACUACAUGGACGAGGCGGACAUCCUCGCCGAUCGUAAAGCUGUGAUCUCUCAGGGGCAGCUGAAGUGCGUCGGCUCUUCUCUGUAUCUGAAGAUCAAGUGUGGUGUCGGAUAUCAUCUGAGAAUGUCGAUCAGUGAGGGAUGUAACGCAGAAAAUGUUGCGUUGCUGAUGAAGCAGCACGUCCCCAAAGCAAAGCUGUCCCAGCAGCACGGAGCAGAGCUGACCUUCACUCUGCCCUUUGAGAGCAUGAACACGUUUCCAGGCUUGUUCUCGGAGCUCGACUCUCAGCCGCAGUUGGGGAUAAUCAACUACGGCGUUUCCAUGACUACGCUGGAAGAUGUUUUUCUGCGUUUGGAGUCGGAGGCUGAAGUGGAUCAAGCGGACUACAGCGUGUUUAACCGAGAGCAGGCAGAGGACGACGGCGAGGCGGCCUCGCUGGACGACACCGACCAGCGGCUGCUCACCUUCUCGGACAGCAAAUCCGACGCCGUGUCCGGUCACGCCCUGUGGCGGCAGCAGUUCAGCGCCGUGGCCUGGCUGCACAUGCUCAGCAUGCGGCGGGAGUGGAAGGCCUUCGUUUACACUGUGGUGCUGUUCCUGCUCUUCGUCUCCGCGGUUCUCGUCGUGUCGCUGGUGACGGGAAACAUCCAGAUUCACUCUCAGGAACGUCAGUUUCAGCCCAGCUACCUUUUGAAAAAGGGCCAAGCGCCACACAGAUACGCCACAAGCCUCCUGGUGAAAAACUCAUCUGACUCUGAAAUUUCCGACUUCAUCCACAACCUGGAAUCCCAGGAUAUCAUGGUGGAGCUGAUGAAACAGGAAGACUACAUGGCUGCAGCUCCGCACAGCGCGGCCAUAGAGGUUUCCCGCUCCACCAAGGGUUUCAGCUACAGCGUGGCUUUCAACAGCACCACAGUCCACUCCUUACCCAUGGCGGUCAAUAUUCUGAGCAACGCGCUCCUCAGAGGGCUGAACGGAACGGGGCAGAUCCAAACCUGGACCAAACCGUUUGAUUAUCAAAUCCCGGACGUGACGUCCUACGCUCUGGUCUACAUAGAGGCCAUCAUGCUGGGAAUGCUGGCCGCCGGAAUGCCGGCAUAUUUUGCCAUGGAUCACACCCGAGAUUGUGAGAUAAAGUGUCGCUCGACGCUGCGGAUCUCGGGCCUGUUGCCGUCAGCCUACUGGUGCGGCCAGGCCGCCGUGGACAUCCCCUUCUACUACAUCAUCCUGUCCUUCAUGAGCCUCAUCCUCUUCUCCUUCCACUCUGAACACCUGCCGACGACCAGCAACCUCACAGCUGUGGUCCUCUGCACCGUCGGCUUCGGCCCAGCCAUGAUCCUGUUCACGUACGUUGUUUCUUUCGGAUUCACACGAGUGCAGAGCAACAGAGACUUCUUCUCUUUCAUCUCCAUGAUGGUGUGCGUGGUGUCGGCCUCCAUCGUCCAGCUGUCGUUUGUGACCGACAACUUUGACCUGACGAGAACUCUGCACAACGCCCUAUGUCUUCUCAACCCCCUGUAUCCUCUGAUGGGUUGCCUCAACUGCAUCACCAAGGCAACAUUCCUUCCAGUUAUGUACGAGGAGAACUUCUUGUGGAAAAGUCUGCUCAUUUCUGUCGUAGCCCCGUAUCUGCAGUGCAUCGUUCUGCUUUUCCUGCUCCGCUGGCUGGAGAUCCGAUACGGAGGGAGGGCGAUGAAGAACGACCAGCUCUGCAGGAUCUCGUCCAAGACGAAGCCCAAACCGGAGCGGAUCCCAGACGAAGGGCUGAACGAAGAUGAGGACGUUCAGAUGGAGAAGGCCAGAGUGAAGGAGGCGCUCACUUGUCAGGCUUGUGAGGAGAAACCUGUUGUGGUUGUUAGCAACCUAAGUAAGCACUACCAAGGCAGGAAAGAAGGCUUCUCCUUCACCAAGAAGACUAAAGUAGCCGCAAAGAACAUCUCUUUCUGUGUUCGCAAAGGGGAAGUUCUUGGACUGCUGGGCCCCAACGGAGCAGGAAAGAGCACGGUCAUGCACAUGCUGUCCGGUGACACCGACCCCACGUCAGGCCAGAUCCUGAUGGGAGACUACAGCACCGAGUUCCGUCCCGUGGAAAACCCCCUGGAUCACGUCGGCUACUGUCCCCAGGUGAACCCUCUGUGGCCCCGGAUCACUUUGCAGGAACAUCUGGAGAUCUACGCUGCCAUCAAAGGCCUGAAGGGCCAGGAGGUCCCGGAGAUCAUAAGACGAGUGUCGAACGCCUUGGAGCUGAGGGAGCAUUUAAACAAACAGGCCAAGAGUCUCUCUGCAGGAAUCAAACGGAAGCUGUGCUUUGCUCUGAGUAUGAUCGGCAAUCCUCAGAUCGUCCUGCUGGACGAGCCGUCGUCAGGAAUGGAUCCCAAGUCUAAGCAGCGGAUGUGGAGAGCCAUGCGUGCUGCAUUCAGGAACCAUCAGCGAGGAGCCAUCCUCACCACACACUACAUGGAGGAGGCCGAGGCCGUGUGCGACCGGGUUGCCAUCAUGGUUUCCGGCCAGCUGAGGUGCAUCGGCUCCAUCCAGCAUCUGAAAGCUAAAUACGGUCAAGGCUACAGUCUGGAGGUGAAACUGAGAGAGGAGCUGACAGGACUCCAGCAGGUGGCGCUGCUGCACAAGGAGAUUCUCCGAAUCUUCCCUCACGCCGUCCGACAGGAGAGCUUUACCACUCUGAUGGUUUAUAAGAUCCCCAGGGAGGACGUCAAGUCGCUGGCCCAUUCCUUCUCCCAGUUAGAGACCGCCAAACAGACCUUCAACUUUGAGGAGUACAACUUCUCCCAGUCAACAUUGGAGCAGGUGUUCCUGGAGUUUGCCAAGGAGCAGGAAAACGACGAGGAUGUGGUGGGACCCCUCAGCACGACCUUCCAGUGGCAGCGGCUGCGGCAGGACGGCUCCGUCUCUGUCAACCAGGCGGACAGCGUCGUGCACCAGCUCUGAACCGGCCCGAGGUCGGGCGCUCGCCGCACGCCCUCUGAAAGUCCCGGAGGCAGGCCGGCUGGGGACGUGGCCGCUCAGCGUGGUGCCGUGCAUGUGUUUAAACCUUCGUCCGCUGGUGCUCCGCCUCCUCGGAAUCGCACCGACGCGUGGGCGUUCCUCAGGCAUGCCGAAAACCACGUCUCCUCCUCUUCCUCCUGGCGUCUCCGCGCCUUCACAGGGAUUCGACGUCUGCCGAUAACUUUUGGACUUUUAUGAUCUUUGAGGAGGCGACCCGUCUUUACACGUUUUUUUAUUUGUUUGCAUUUGUGGAAAAAACGACAACCGAGAUCCGUCUGCGGUGGAACCAGAGCGGCGCGUCUCUGAAGCCUUCAGCGUCUCCUCGUAGGGUUGCAACAUCACUGCAUGAUCCAGAGGGGGGCGCCGCAGCUCCACCGGUGUCCUGACUCCGCUGGUCCAGGGGAGACUGACACCGCUGUGGAAUAUCCCCACCAGUACAUGUAGCGCAGCGCCCCCUACCCUCCGCCGUGCAGCACUGCAGCUGAAAAGUGUUUUUUUUUUUGGGAGGAUUGUUUUCUUUUUUUCGUUUUUUUGUGAAUGGAUGAUUAGCCUGAAAAGAGCCUUUCUAACUUCGUCGCGGCUCUGAGGAGUUCCUCACACCCCGUGUCUUCACUCUGGUGCCGCUUUGCUUCGCACAGAUGUUGGAUUUCUUCAGCUUCGCUCCUGUCUGUGUUGGUGAUGCUGUAAAUACCGAUUCUGGGUCUCUGCAGAUGUGUCCACAGAAACCUGUAAACAUACAAGCAGGUGCAUCAUUGGUGCAAUACCUAUCAAGAAAUUGUAA